AUGAAACGCAAUAAACGCUACCGUGUCCCGGUGUCGAUCGUUAAAAUCGACGGACUGUCUGUGAAUCGGAAACGCCUGUGACUCUUGCGAGACGUGUCUCCGUGGAGCGGAGGAACAAACCGAAGUUAAGACUACCGGACUUUUUAACGAAAGAUCCGACUAGUUGCUCCGUUCUAACAGCGGAAACUUCGUCCACAAGAUCAGUGAGGUUUAUUACAGAUCGGCGUGCUUAUCGAGGAAAUCGUAGCUUUCGUUUUGCGAAACUUCUUUCCAACGGGGAAGGCUUAGCUCCCCUGUCUGUGCACCGAUUCAAUUGGAAAUUAUUUCGAAAGUUACCUAAGGUCCGUUCGAAGAGCUCGUUG